AUGCAGCGGUACUACAUACCAACAGCAAGAGAGCUGGCUCGUCUACAACAAAUUCAAAGGGCUCCAAUACUCCACCAUUCUGCGGAAUCACUUACAGGAGCGGCAAGUAUUAGAGCAUAUGGACGGAAAGACCGCUUCAGCAAAGCAAACAUCAGUCUUGUUAACAACCACUUACGACCAUGGUUCCAUAACGUCUCGGCUGUGGAGUGGCUUUGCUUCAGGCUAAACAUGCUAUCUAACUUUGUCUUUGCCUUUUCUUUGACUCUGUUGGUGAGUCUUCCCGAAGGUUUUAUAAAUCCAAGCAUUGCGGGACUUGCAGUGACUUAUGCACUGAACCUCAACGGGCAGUUGUCAUCUGUAACCUGGAACAUUUGCAACACAGAGAAUAAAAUGAUUUCAGUUGAAAGAAUAAUGCAGUACUCAAAGAUCCCUAGUGAGGCUCCUCUAAUAGUUGAUGAUCACCGCCCCCCAAACAGCUGGCCAAAGGACGGCACUAUAAAUAUAAGAAACUUGGAGGUUAGAUAUGCAGAGCAUCUCCCCUCUAUUUUAAGAAAUAUAUCAUGUACAAUUCCAGGACGGAAGAAGGUGGGGAUUGUUGGACGUACUGGCAGUGGAAAGUCAACUUUGAUUCAAGCGCUUUUCCGGAUUGUUGAACCAAGACAAGGGACAAUUGAAAUUGAUAAUGUUGAUCUCAGCAAAAUCGGGUUGCAUGAUUUACGAGGCAGACUUAGCAUCAUCCCACAGGAUCCAACCAUGUUUGAGGGCACAGUGAGAGGAAAUCUUGAUCCACUAAAUGAAUAUUCUGAUCAACAUGUAUGGGAGGCAUUGGACAAAUGCCAGCUUGGUGACAUUGUUCGUCGAAACCCAAAGAAGCUGGACUCAACAGUUGUCGAAAAUGGGGAAAAUUGGAGUGUCGGACAGAGGCAGUUGUUUUGCCUGGGAAGGGUUCUGCUAAAGCGAAGCAAUGUCCUUGUCCUUGACGAGGCAACUGCUUCAGUUGACUCGUCUACAGAUGCAAUUAUCCAGAAAACACUCCGUGAGGAGUUUGGGGACUGCACGGUGCUGACAGUAGCACAUAGAAUUCACACAGUUAUCGACAGUGAUCUUAUUCUUGUCUUCAGCAAAGGAAGAAUUAUAGAAUACGACACGCCGUCGAGAUUACUGGAGGACAAAAACUCUGAACUUUCAAGGCUCAUAAAGGAGUACUCGCGGAGAUCCAAGGGGUUUUGA